AAAUCUUCUGCAAGUCACGAUGAAUAAAUAGGUGCUGAUAUUCCCUGUAAGAAGCAUUCCAAAGCACUCAAGCCAUCACAAUGAGGUGUAUAUUUCUUAUUGCGCUUGUCGUCUUUUUAGCCCAUGAAGUUCUGAUGUACUCUGCUAUACCGUGCUUAGCCAGGCUUUGUUCUACAGACUAUGAGCCUGUCUGUGGAAGACAGCUAAUUACUGAAGGAACCAAACCGACAUGGGAAAUGAAGAUGUUUAACAACUCAUGCAUGAUGGAGUCAGCAAACGAUUGUGGCAAAGUCUCAGCCCAAAAUGUGUUAAUGUACACAACUAUGCCUCAACCCUGCAUAGCCCGGCUUUGUUCUGCAGAUUAUAAUCCUGUCUGCGGAGAACAGAAGGUGUAUGUACAAGGAAUGGGUUAUAGAAAGGAUAAAAAGAUGUUCAACAGCACAUGUCUGAUGGAUUCAGAAAACGAUUGUGGUAAAGCUAAUUACAAAGAAGUGCCUUGUCAGGGUAACUAUUAGAAGAUCAGUGAAAUUGGACCAGGAAAGUUUUGGAACUCACAUUUCAUAAACUUUUGAAUAUCUCUACUUUUUCCGGAUAGAUUAGACCAAAAACUACCUUUCAUUGAUUUUUUGUUUAAUAGAUUUUGUUGAUAAUGAAAAUAAAUAAUAAACUUCGACAUCAUUAUUAUCUUAUACAUCUUUAUCUUUUUUACUCAUAUCUAUGAAUGAGGAAAACUUUCCAGAAUCAAAAUUAUUUCGAACCCACCUGCAAUCCUUCAAAUGGUGCAAUUUCAAUCUAAUCUAUGAUGAAGGAAAUAUUUUAAAAUUAUUUUUGAAGCCUAUCCUAGCAAUUCGUGAAGUUAUACCGAACCACCAAAUUUGGCUUUCGUUUACAUCACUCUUAUUUGCAACCAUGUCAAACUUUGUAGAGAAAGGAACCGGUCUGCAAUUUUUCUAGACUUCGAGAAAGCCUUUAAUAAUAUUUGGUACAAGGUACUCAUAAAUUCUAUUUUCAUUAUUAUAAUUCAAUAUUUCUUCCAAGACACUAGCGGAUCCAGGAUUUCAUUUUGAGGAGGCUUUAGCCCG